GUUAAUCGUUAAUGUUUCUUAAGCAGUUUUAACUUAUACUUUAUUAACUUUGUUUAUUUGUUUUGCGUUAAUUAACUUUCAUUUGCUGCCAUGCCAUGCCAUACCAAGCACUCAAAUCUGCUCACCCUCGUUGCCAGUCGUGACUACAGCACAUUUUCGGGAGGCGGAGGUCUGACCCAGCGUCUGCUCAAGCCCAUGAGCAUGGAGCUGAGGUCCGCGCAGGUUCAAAUGAUACGCAGGCGCCAGCAGCUUAUAAAGGAGCUGUAUGAGCAGGAGUUUGAGGAUCAGAGCGAGGAGCUGAGUAAGCUAAAGCUCAGCCUGAAAGCGUUGGCCUGGCGUUAUCGCUGCACGCCGCUGGGCUUGCUGCCGGUUUGGCAGUAGUUAGCCCAAAAUUCUUUGGCCAAUAAGCAGGCAGCAAACAUAUUUAUGCAAAUAGGAAUUACAAUGCUGUGCAUUGUUUGUACUAUGUUUAGAUAUGUAUGCUGUCUAUUUAAUUGGCAAACGUGUUUGUGCAUGCACAAAAGUCAGUUCAUUGUUUAUCCCAGUGUAUAGCAGGCAAAUAUUUAUUUGCUGCGGUCAGCUGGUUGCUGCAGCAUAAUAAAUUGAAUUUGUCAGCUUUUGUUUGCGGUCAUUAAUCUAUUUAGAUGCCACGCCCUGGCAGCAGCAGAAUUCGCUUCUUAUUGUUUAAUGGAUGAAUGCGAAAUUUCGACUUGGAGGCGUAGCUUGACAUAAAAAAAAAAAAUAGAAGCUUUUGCAUAUUUGCUUUGUCCAAACCGAAAUCCCUAUUGUAUUUGUGGGCAGCUUCAAUAAAA